AUGCGCGAGUUCAUGGACUACAUCCAAAGCGCAUUCUACACCGCGACCGGCUGGAGACGCGACAACUCGUACUCCUCCUUGAACGCGACUGCCGAUGCAUUGCUCAACUUUCCCACGCCGCGCGGGCUGCGGCUCACGCUGGGCUCCCUAGCCACGCCGCAAUUUGCCACCGCUUACCAGCUUGGCACCAUCGGUGUCGUCGACGGCUCCGUCUCCUACUUAUACUCGUCGGUACCGCUCACGAAUGCCAUCGCGCAAAGCAGCAGAAUACCGCUGCCCGAUUUGCUGAGGAGCUACAAGCCCUUGGCGGAACUGUCAAGAGGAUCUACGGGGACCGGUAACUGGAUCAAAGGAUGGGAUCGCACAGAGAAGGAUACCCUGGCGUAUGGGAGAUUGUACUUGCCACGGUCGAUGCUUGAAGCUCUGGUAGUGAAGAGGUUCACGCCUGACCUACAGGUUCAGGUCAGUGCUGUAUCGGACCAAACUCUACGCAAUGGCGGCACUAUGCUGGGUAUGGUGCAGUAUGAUGUGGGAAAGUACGGCGUCGAGGGCCUGGCCUCAUCGGACGGGGGCCUCAUGGGUGUACGCGGACUAUACAACUUCGGAGGUGAUGCUGCAAGAUUUCAGCCAAAGCCGCCAUCAACAGACGACAAUGGCUCGGGAAGCUUCAACAGUAACGGGAAUGGCAAUGGCAAUCACGGCGGGGAAAGAGAAGGCAUUGACGGUCGCUUCAGUGCUGGUGCAGAGCUGUACUACGGGACAUUAAAUAAGUCAGGCGGCAUGAGCGUAGGCAUGAGGUUUGCGACUCUUCCGUCUUACAAAGGGUCACCAAUCACAGCGACCAUGACAAUAAACCCAUUGAUGGGAAACAUUAGCUGGAGCUACGCAGUCUUGGCCGGCAAGCAUUGCUCCCUGGCCAGCAGAAUGGACUUCAAUGUCUAUAGCUACGAAAGCGACUGGACAAUCGGCAUGGAACUCUGGCGGAAAAAGGGCACGUGGACGGUCGCCAAGGACGGGGAUUCUGAAUCCCCUACCGAGGCUGUGCCAACACAACCGGUCAGAAGCUUUCAAGCAAAGCUGGAAUGGAGGCUGGAUGACCCGCUCCCACUAUUGGAAACGCCAUCGCCAGCUGAAGUUGAAGCAUUGCCCGCACCACUAAUAGUGGCAGAUUCAAAGGAGACGACCGAGGUAACGAGUACAGAGGCAUUGAGAAGAAAAGAGCGCAGCUUUCGUUCUAAACUUGAGUGGAGCCCGGAUGUCACUGAAGACGAUCUUAUUGCUGAGCCUGGAGAUGAUGACGACCAAUAUUCCGGGGUCUUGAAGGCCCGAUUAGACCAGAACCUAAAGAUUGGCCUGCUUUGGGAAGGGAGGGUACAGUCCUUGCUCUUCAGCUUGGGGAGUGGGAUCGAUUUUCGCCGGCUAGACUCGCCAUUCCGAAGCAUUGGUCUCGAGGUCCAGUUCUCGUCAUGA